UUCUUAUGCCCAGUUUGCAACAAGGUUUUCCCUCUUCAGCGGAUGCUUACUCGUCACCUAAAAUGCCACAGUCUUGUGAAGAGGCAUCCCUGCAGAUACUGUGGAAAGGGUUUCAAUGACACGUUUGACCUCAAGAGGCACAUGCGUACCCAUACAGGCAUUCGGCCAUAUAGGUGUGAACUCUGUGAGAAAGCCUUCACCCAACGCUGUUCUCUGGAAUCCCAUCUGAGGAAGAUUCACGGUGUGCGGCAGCAGUACGCCUAUCGCCAGCGCCGCUCCAAGAUAUUUGUGUGUGAGGACUGUGGCUUCACUUCUGGAAGACCGGAUGAGUAUUUCAUACAUGUUCGUGAGCAUCAUCCUGGCAGUGCAGCCUUGAGGAGAUACUUUCGCAAACACAUUCCUGAGAGAACAGCCACAGUAGCUGAUCAUAAUAUCAACCCAUUCUUACUGUACCAACCGGCUAGUUUCUACAUCUAA